AUGUCCUCGGAUGUUGGAAGUCCCAAACGGGAGCCGACGCCGACAGCAGCUUCAUCGCUCUCGUCGAUCCCGAAAAAACGCGCGUUGGAUGAUGGCCACUGCCCAUCCAUCCUCUCGCCACUGAACACCGAGACGAAGCUGUCCGAGCACCAAGCACCAGACGACAGUACCCCUGUGAGCCGCUUCAAGCCUACGCGUGUUCGGAAGGACACGCUCAAGAAGCGCGAGGCCAAGGGCGGCGGCGGCGGCGGCGGGGAGGCUGCUCUCGCAACCUCAGACCCGAGCAAUGGCCGCUCAGCGACGCCCGAAUCGGAGAUGGGCCCCUUGCGGUACAAGCUCGCGCCGCCAAAGCCGUCCGACUUCGACCUGCCGCGGGGACCUGUCAUGGCGUCGCACCACGAAGUGACCCUGUCUGGCGGCCAGAGUGUCCAGUUCUUCGAGACGUCGGAGCACGUCUUCAACAAGAAGAAUUUCCGAUACAUGCACUGCAUCGCCGACCCCCUCUUCCCCUCCAUGAUAUACUACCGCCAGACGGAGCCGGAGCCGUUUGGCCCUCGCAUGAGCUUCGAGGAUGUCGCCCCCAGCGUCUACUUCGACAGCUCUGCCCGGCAAAUAACAACGGACAAGGGCUUUCGGAUGGGCCGAGCCAACGUCGCAGUCCGGCAGGGCCGCUGGUACUGGGAGUGCAAGAUUACCCAAGGCGUGCCGCCAGUCAAGGACGGCGCCGGCGGCGAGACCGGCCGUGGCCAGCACGUCCGGCUGGGCUGGGCGAGACGGGAGGCAUCUCUCGAUGCGCCCGUCGGCUUCGAUGCGUACAGCUAUGGCAUCCGUGACGUCGCCGGCGAAAAGGUCCACAUGUCACGUCCCACCGACUUCUUUCCUCCCGGCGACGGCAUUCGCGAGGGCGACGUCAUCGGCUUGGAGAUCCAGCUCCCCUCCGAGCAUCUGCAGCGCAAGGUUCUCGAAGGAAACUACAGCCCGAUCGUCGACGCCGCCGACGACGAGCAUCCGCCGCCGGCCGAGGCAUCCAACAUUGUGCGCGACCGCGUGCCCAUCCGAUUCAGGUCGCACACGUACUUUGAAAAGAUCGAGUACCACCCGACCAAGGAGCUUGAGGACUUGAUGAACCCGUCGCCUAUCCUCCCAGGCUGCCCACCACCCCCGGCGCCUAGCCCGAAUCAUCCAUCCCCUGCGCUUCGCACGCUGCCGAACUCGUGCAUCAGGAUCUACAAGAACGGCGUCCUCGUGGGCACGCCGUUCGAGAAUCUGCUGUGCUUCCUACCCCCCGCGUCGAAACCGAUGCCUCAGGUUGGCGCCCGCGAGAACCUCGAUGACGGCUUGCUUGGCUACUACCCAGCCGUGAGCGUCUUCCGCGGCGGCUCGGCAGAGGUCAACUUUGGCCCCGACUUUUGGUUCCCGCCACCAGGGUACGGUUCCGCAAUGGACGAGGUCGACCUGGUGCUUGCCGGAGAGCAUCGGCGGGACAGGAUCCACGCCGUGUCGGAGCGCUACCAUCAGCAAAUCGCCGAGGACAUCGUUUACGACAUCAUAGACGAGGUGGACUUCUGGAUGAAAGAUGCCGGGUCCUCGACAGAUCAGGAUGACGCACGGCCGCGAGAUGAGACCCCAUCCGCUCUGGCACCGGGAAGGGAGGAGAUCAAGGAGCUGGUCCAGGACGACUGA